AUGGCUUUCAACAGUACCUUGGCUUCGGCCGAGUUGUUUGCCGGUAACAGUAUCACCUGGGACCAUCAGAGUUUGGAGCCAGGAACCAGCAAGCUCCCAACUGCUUCUUCCGAGUCACGGGCCGGUCUAGACUUGGAAGAUGCUCGCGUAUCCUCACAUCUGGGUCUGGGGCUCGACUUCGGCCAGGACUAUUUCAAGGUGGAAGUCCUCGUCUUUGUCGCUGCUCUUAGUUUGGGCUUCAAAUUGUACAACCGCAGGGUUCCCAGACAAGGCAUCCUUUCCAAAGCCACUUCGUUGCUAGCCACCAUGGCUUUGCUUACUUCGAUAUCGCUCCUUUUGACCUCAUCGUUGCUGCCGAGUGGUACUUCUGGGCACAAGGGCCCACCAGUGGUCCCGGCCAAGUUUCUUCAGACGGCGUCUCCCACCACCAGCUCAGUCCCACAGUUCACAGUCCCUGCGUCUGCCGACAAAGGGAAGGACGUUGAAGCCAACAUAGACGACCCCCUUGCCGCUAACCCGCAGCUGGUAUGUCCUGGGUACUCUGCAUCCAACGUCCAAAACACGAAAAACGGGUUUACUGCCGAUCUUGACCUAGCCGGCCCAGCAUGCAACGUCUACGGCAACGACAUCGAGCACCUCUCCUUACUGGUGGAGUUUCAGGCCAACGAUAGGGUUCACCUUCAGAUUGAGCCACGGUACAUCUCGAAGGAGAAUGAAACGUGGUUCAGAUUACCCGAAGUGUUGAUACCAAAACCUCAAAACGAUCCUCUUUGCGAGGAGCACAACAGCGACUUUGUGGUCUCGUGGUCAAACGACCCGACGUUCUCCUUCACGGUGAAGCGAAAGGCAACUGACGACACGCUCUUUACAACCGAGGGGAGCAAGCUCAUCUACGAAGAUCAGUUCAUCGAGUUUGUGUCCCCUCUGCCCGAGAGCUACAACCUGUAUGGUCUCGGUGAAGUUAUUCAUGGCUUCCGCUUGGGCAACAAUCUCACCAGGACACUCUUUGCGGCAGAUGUUGGCAACGACAUCGACUGGAACAUCUAUGGCAGUCAUCCUAUCUAUCAUGACACAAGAUACUUCACCACCGAUGAGUCGGGAAAAUUGACAUAUGUGCCUUAUGCCAACGACAAGAAGGCCAGGUACACAUCGUAUACACAUGGUGUCUAUCUUCGCAACGCUCAUCCACAAGAGGUGCUUCUGCGGCAACCUGGUAUUACUUGGAGAACACUCGGUGGCAGCAUCGAUCUCUAUUUUUACAGCGGUCCUCGGGCUGAAGAUGUCACGACCAAGUACCAAGAGAGCGCUGUUGGCCUUCCGGCUAUGCAGCAGUACUGGACUUUGGGAUACCAUCAGUGCCGCUGGGGCUAUACUGGCUGGCAACGUUUGCAAGAGGUUAUUGACAACUUUGCAAAGUUUGAGAUUCCGCUUGAGACGGUCUGGGCUGAUAUCGACUACAUGAAGAAGUACCGUGACUUUGAAAACGACCAAGAUACCUGGAACUACACCGAAGGAGAGGAGUUCAUGAACAGGCUUCACAAGAAUCACCAGCACUGGGUUCCCAUUGUUGACUCUGCCAUCUAUGCUCCUAACCCAGAGGAUGAGGAAGAUCGCUAUCCUACCUAUGAGCGGGGGCUGGAGGCAGAUGCCUUUGUGAAGAAUCCUGAUGGGUCGAUUUACUAUGGGGCUGUGUGGCCUGGUUACACGGUUUUUCCUGACUGGGUUGGUGCUGUGCUUGGUGAGGCUGGGACUAUCGACUGGUGGAUUGAUGAGAUUUCCAGGUGGAGCAAGAAUAUCUCGUUCGAUGGUAUCUGGAUCGACAUGUCCGAAGUUGCCUCCUUCUGCGUUGGCAGCUGCGGCACCGGAAACUUGACACUCAAUCCUGCCCAUCCGCCCUUCAAGCUGCCCGGUGAGCCUGGUAAUCUUGUCUUGAGAUACCCCGAAGGCUUCGCGAAGACAAACGAAACCGAAGCCAUCUCAGCGACAAAGGCGAUCAUCACCCAGAGCUACGGGCCAACCGCGACCGCCGUCCCCACCGUCACCACAACCACAACAACGAAGAAUAUCUACCGGAGCACACCCACUCCUGGCGCAAGAAACAUCAACUGGCCCCCGUACGUGAUCAACAACUAUCAUGGCGACAUAGGAGUCCACGCCCUGAGCCCGAACUCGACGCAUAAUGGCGGCUAUCUCGAGUACGAUUUCCACAACCUCUUCGGUCAUCAAGUCCUCAACGCGACCUACUCAGCUCUGCUCCAAGUCCAAAAGGGCGUCCGCCCCUUCAUCAUCGGCCGCGGCACCUUCGCCGGCUCAGGCAAGUGGGCUGGCCACUGGGGCGGUGACAAUGAGGCCCUCUGGGCAUUUUUGUACUUUAGCAUCCCGCAAGCAUUGUCCUUCUCCAUCUUUGGCUUCCCCAUGUUUGGGGUCGACACGUGCGGCUUCAACGGCAACACAAACUAUGAGCUCUGCUCGCGGUGGAUGCAGCUCAGCGCGUUUUUUCCCUUUUAUCGGAAUCACAAUGCGAUGGGGGCGAUUGACCAGGAGCCGUACAGGUGGAGCAGUGUGAUUGACGCUACCAAGUCGGCGAUGGCGAUACGGUAUGCGCUGCUGCCGUAUAUGUACACGCUCAUGGCCCAGGCUUCUCUCGCUGGCAGCACCGUCAUGCGUGCUCUUGCGUGGGAGUUUCCCAAUGAGCCGUGGCUUGCUGAUGCUGACAGGCAGUUCAUGUUGGGGGAUGCGAUUAUGGUUACGCCUUGUUUGGAGCAGGGGGCAGAUACGGUGAAGGGGGUUUUCCCCGGGGUGGGAGAGGGGGAGGUGUGGUAUGAUUGGUAUACCAAGGGGAACGUGAGUUCUGGGGUUGGACCCGGGGAGAAUGUCACUAUUGGGGCGGAGUUGGGGCAUAUUCCUGUCUAUGUGAGGGGUGGGAAGGUUGUUCCGUUGCAGGAGCCUGGAAUGACUACAGCGGAGAGUAGGCAGAAUCCUUGGGGACUGUUGGUGGGAUUGGAUGGGACCGGAUGGGCGGAGGGGAAGUUGUAUUUGGAUGAUGGGGUCAGUCUGGAGCCGGAGGAGGUGAGCUGGAUUUCGUUUACUGCCUCGAACAACUUCCUCAAGGUCGAGCCGCUGGGUAACUACCCGGACACCAACCCCCUUCGCAACGCCACGGUCAUGGGUCUGGAGCACGAGCCCAAGCAGGUGUGGCUUGAUGGUGAGGUGCUGGAGCAGGAGCAUUGGAGUUAUGAUGCAGGGAGGUGUGUGUUGGAGUUGUCUGAGCUGAAGGAGAAGUUUUCUGGUGGUGCUUGGGUGCAGGGGUGGGAGAUUACUUGGGAGUAGUUUUACUUUUCUUCUUGUGUUUACUUUUGUACUCUCUUCUCACUGAUCAUAUUUUGGGUGGGAGUGGCAUGGGCCUGUGUAUAAUCACCUGCACAUAGCACACCCGUCUUGCCCAGGGGGCAUUUUUUUAAAGAUUGAUAUUAUAGGGUUGGAUAUAGAGAUAUGGGGGGCUGGCUGGAUACCGAUGGUUGGGAAAAAAGAUUGGGAAAUUGUAUAGGUAUGGCGGGGGGUUUUGUAUACCUAAGUGAUUGAUAGUUUCUAUUUAAACCGCU